AUUCACAAGCAUUUAUGAACUUACCUCCCUCCACUUGGCUGCCGAUCGAGUUGGACCUCUUAACCCUUAAAUGCAUGAUGAUGUAUAUAUACAUCAGUGUUUUCUUCCUUACAUAAUUUCUAAACGGUAACUCAAACACAGUAUUUUUUACUUUUAUUAGGUGCUAAAAAUAUCUGUGUUGACUUUGGAAUGCAAACUUUCAUGAUAUGACAUUUCACUUUUUAAUUUUAAUAAUUUGACAGCUUGGCGCGCCACUUAAAAAAUACACACUUGGUAUUUAAAAAGGAAAAACCAUGCAUUUAAGGGUUAAGGCAUUUAAAUUAUCUGCUAAAGUAUUUGCAGCCCUUGAAGGUUGGUCGGAGUUAGCUUCCCCCGUUGCAACUCAGGAUACUGCUUGCAAAACAUUAUAUAAUGUUGCAGCUGCUUCUGAGUUGUCCUCUCCGUUUUUGUACGCCUAGGAAUAUAUAUGAAAUUAUUAUAUAUAUGUUUAUAUAUAUGUUUAAAAUUUGCACAAUUACUUACAUACUAUGUAUGAAAUUAUUAUAUAUAUGUUUAUAUAUAUGUUUAAAAUUUGCACAAUUACUUACAUACUUAUGCUGAUUAUCCAUUUGUGUGUCCAUUUUUGUUUGCUUAUUUUUACUAAAACAGCUGUUUGACAGCGAAAAGCUUUUUACCUCACGUGGUGACUUUUUAAGCUUUUUUUUUCCUCUGCGAAUGGUAGGCACCUUGUCGUGGUGCAGGGGCUUAAACCGCAGCACAGCACAGCAUCUCCCAACCACCAAGGGAGGAGCUGAGGGCUGGCAGAAGCUGCAUGCGCGCGGCAACCAAGAGCUACCACCUCCUAAUCCAGGGUGUUAUGCGACCCGUCCCCAUUGGAUGAUUUGCAGCCAGGAGGUAAAUUCGGCUGUAUUCGUACGGAGCCUUCCCAACACCGGGCCGCCUUGGGAAGUAACGGUGGCCUUACUGCGUCAAGGGGCUCUGCCGCAGCGGACUUUCAGCUUCCCCUUUCCAAUACUAGACCGGGAGGCUCACAACACGGGCCAAACGGUCGUAAGAAAAAGAUGAUCCAACAACAACAGCAAAAACAACAACAACAACAAACAACAACAACAUCUACAACAACAGCUAGCAGCAGCAGUAGCACUAGUGCCGCUAGCAAGAGAGGCUCAGGAGCUAGACGGAAACCUAGCUUUUUGGAUGCCUUGUCGCCAGAUGAACGUGCACUUUUUGAGGAGCACGCACGUGAUGACGACGAAGUGCCCUCCUGCAGCGGCACUCAGCGUAGUGUGGCAACCGUGACCACUGUAAAUCGCGCAAGCGCUGCCCCCGCAACCCCCUCGAGCAGGAUCGACUGUGGACAGGAGGGUGGUUUCACGAAAGUGGAAUUAAGGGGAGAACGGAAAAGGAGACGACAACGAGGGAACGUCCCAUGUACCCCGGAGCCAGGACGGCCAGGAGGCCAUGAUGACCCACGCAGAGCUUGAAUGAGUGGGGCCACUCUAAAGUGGUACCUGAGGUUCCUUGAGAACGGCAUGACGCCGGAGUCAGCCGAAAAGCGGGCUCUGAAUAGAAGCAGUGGGAACAACCCCUCUCCAAGCAAUACACGACGCGUAGGUGCCAAUGGCGGUUCGUCUGCAACUAAACGCAGGAAUCGGAGGCGCCGCCGAGCUCAAUCAGCCCUAUCGGAGGGGCGAAUCGAAGCAAGGCCAGCACCCCAAGAGGAACCCAGUCGAAUGGAGAAACAGAAGAGCGUCCAGAUAACACCCCAGGAACCACCAUUGCCCAAGAGAAUACGGGAAGACAGACCACAGGGAGCCGGUGGAAAACGCCCCAACCCCAAUCAGCAGCCGAUGAAGACUACGAGCCGCAAAUACUCGGAGGCUGCCAGCAACAUACGGAUGGCAGUGUUGCCCAACAACUACCCUGCGGAGGCACUAGGGUCUGAGCAACUGACGGCUCUCCAAGACUGCCUUUAACGGCAUUUUCUUCAAGGGCGGCAUGCUGCUGGUCGACUGCCAGGAUGAAAAGUCGGCCACCUGGCUGAAGAAUAUCACGCCGAGGCUAGAGGGCUGGGAGGGUCCGGCCCUGUGUGUCAGAAGAGGAGAGGAAAUACCGCAACUGCACAGUAUGGUGGCGUUCUUUCCCAGGAGUGCUGACAAGAGCUACGACUUCGCGCUCAAUCUGGUGAGAAACCAGAACGAAGGUUUAAGUACCUCGGCGUGGAAGGUCGUAGCAAGCAGUGUUGAAGAUUCCGGGUGGAACCUCAACAUAACGAUGGACGACGUAUCGUACAAGUAUAUUAAGCAGAAAGGGGACAGGUUGAACUUCCGCUUCGGCAAGAUUGUGGUGAGGCCAUGGAGGCCCAAGGCUACGACCACGAGCCAAGAACCGCCAACGGGGACGACCGCAGCACCAGCUCCACCCAUAACCCGCCCAGCCACGCAUGAAGCGACUGCCGCCGUUGUUUCGAGCGAGCAAGACGAGUCCCCCAAAGACCAAAUCUCGGCUGGGCAGGUUGCGACCACCGCCGCAGACGUGAACAAUGGAAACGAGAUCACUACAGCGCAGGAAGGCAUGUUGCCGUCCACCCAAGAGCUCCUGGAAGGGCUGGAGAUGCAGGUCCAUGGAGAGGUUGAAGACAAGGACCUGUCUCUCGUCGAACCCGCACUAUAAUCUCCAGUACCGGCAUAGAGGUGGCUCAGGUGAACCUCCAUCACGCAUCGGCAGCCUCGGCGGUCAUCGUGAAGAGGUUCAUUUCGGAUAACCUGGGCAUCCUCCUAAUCCAGAAGCCUUGGGUGGUCAGAGGAGAGGUAAGAGACCUCAACACAAGAAAGAGCAAGGUAAUCUGGGAUCUCUCUAGCGAGAGACACCGUUCCUAGAGCCGAUAUAGACUUCUUCUGUAUUUCAGAGUUUCUAACGCAAGAUCUGGUGGCCGUGCAGAUAAAGGACAAGGAAGGAUCGGACUUCGUCCUAGCGUCAGCAUAUUUUCCGGGAGAAACAGCCACGGCAACACCAAAUUGGGGUAUCUUCAGAGAGAAUCUAAGUAGGAACCUAAGUGGAGUGGAGCAGGCGGAUGGUAGGUCCACCACAGUUGGGGUGGAGAGCAGACUAAGUGCCAUAAACCAGUCCAUUGUGGACGCCUACCAUUGUGCCUGUCCACUGAAAGCGACCACCAGCAAACAAAUCUGCCCCUGGUGGUCCAGUAAACUCUCAGCUCUUAGACUUAGGGUGCGCAAGCUGUUUAACAAAGCCAAGCGCACGGGUAGCUGGGAAGAAUACAAGCGGCAGCUAACAAUCUACAACAAGGAGAUUAGGCUUGCCAAGUCAAACAGUUUCAGGAAAUUCUGUGAGAGCGUCUCCUCGACCCCGGAGGCAGCCCGACUGCACAAGGCGUUGUCGAAGGGUAAGACGGAUACAGUAUUAUCCCUAAAAAGACAGGACGGGACCUAUACGACAAGCGCAGAGGAGAGGGCGGAAACACUCCUACAAACGCACUUCCCGGAGACAGUUCAAGCUGACCUAACCCCAGCUUUGGUCAUGCGUAAGCGCUAAAGGUCGCACCCCUGCAUGCCAGACAACAUGCGUACGGAGCGGGAAGAUCAACGAAUACUGCUCUGUACCAACUCACGUCUGACCUGCAGGAUUCGCUGGUCAAUGGCGAGGUAGCGAUCUGCGCUUUCCUUGACAUUGAGGGUGCCUUUGACAAUGCGUCUCAUACAAGCGUGAUCAAGGCACACGAGAGAAGGAGUGUACCCCUCCCGAUACGCAGGUGGAUUGAAACCCUUCUGCGCACUAUGGUAGCAGAAACAACAGUGGGAGAAAGUAAGAUUCGUCUUAGCACCACGAGGGGCUGCCCUCAGGGCGGAGUACUAUCCCCUCUGUUAUGGAGCCUGAUUGUAGACGAAUUACUCGAGCUACUCACAAGCAAUGGAAUCCGCUGCCUAGGGUACGCGGACGACAUCGUCAUAAUGGCGAGAGGCAGAUUUGAGAACACUCUCUGUGACAUUGUUCAAAGGGGCCUAAACUUGGCAAAGGGAUGGUGCAACACGGUAGGGCUUAACAUCAACCCAGCGAAGACCACCGUGAUCCCAUUCACUAAGCGGAGAUCUCUUCCGGGCCUGAGAUCCCUCACAAUCGGAGGCACAGCGGUGGAAAUGUCUAAGGAGGUCAAAUUUCUUGGCCUCACCUUAGACUCACAGUUAAAAUGGAGUAGGCAGUUGGACUUAACUUUAUCCAAGGCAACUAGAGCGCUUAUGAUUUGUAGACGCCUGGCCGGCAGAUCAUGGGGAUGCAAGCCAAGCAUCAUCAGAUGGCUGUAUACCAUGAUAGUAAGGCCUAUUGUCACCUAUGGAGCGGUUGCCUGGGCCACCAAAGCUGCGCAGUCUUCGGUGAUAGGAAGACUGUCAAAGCUGCAAAGACUUGCAUGUGUCUGUGCUUCGGGGGCAAUGCGCACAUGUCCCACCGUGGCACUGGAAGUCUUGCUACAGCUAACACCGCUUCAUCAGGUGAUCAAGAUAGCAGCAAAGCACACCAUACUGGUAAUGUCAGCAGAAGGCUGUGGAAGAGGGAAGAUCAUGUCCUCUAAACAGAUGGACGCCCUAGCGGAGAGCACACCGCUAGCCCUCCUCCCGCGAGAUGGCACAACUAAGAAAAUAAAUCUCAAAAAGAAUUUCACGGUAACUCUAGGCAGCAAGAUGGAGUGGAAUGAUUCCACUCUGGAAAAGCUGCUGGAAGACAGUACCAUUCAGUGGUACACUGAUGGCUCAAAAACUCCGGAAGGUAUUGGGGCAGGUAUUGCGGGACCGCGUACUAAGCAGUCCAUACUUAUGGGCAGCUUCCCAAGUAUCUUCCAGGCUGAAGUUUUUGCCAUCAGUCAGUGCGCGGAAGUCAACCUCAGCCGCAACUAUCGCAACCAGCGCAUAGCUAUUCUCAGUGAUAGUCAAGCGGCACUAAAAGCGAUCCUAUCAUACGAGACCAAAUCGCUCUUAGUCGAGGAAUGUAUAGAAAGGCUAAACCGCCUGUCCCUGUGCAAUCGGGUACACCUAAUCUGGGUACCAGGGCACAAGGGAGUAGAAGGUAAUGAGAAGGCCGAUGAGCUGGCCCGCACGGCAGCAGCAUCCAAGAUGUUGAGACCAGAGCCAUAUAUAGCGGUAGGACCCCACACUCUUAAGGAGCUGCUCCGCACGGAGGAAAGAGAGGAUAGAGAGCGGCACUGGCGGUAGGCAGCAGGUAUGCGCCACGCUAAGCUGCUCCUGGGUAUAAUCUCUCCAGGUUUAAAGAAUUAAUUAACCUACCUCGUGAGAAAUUCCGUCUCCUCGUCGCAAUAUACACCGGGCACUGUAAGCUCAGGAAGCACCUGUCGAACAUGGGCAUGGUCUCCUGUGCCAACUGCCGGUUCUGCGACCUGGAAUAGGAGACACCAGCACACCUUAUCCAGGAUUGCACAGCAAUCUGUGGGAAAAGGCUUAAGGCCCUGGAUUCCGUGUAUAUCAGCAGGGAUCACAUAACCUCGCUUGAGCCCGGCAAACUGCUGGAAUUGUUCAGGCUGCUGGGGCUCUAUGAGGUCAUCUGAUAUAGGAGAGGGCACAAUAGACCCUAGGUCGCGGUGCAUUACCUCAAUUAAUAAUUCUAAUUCUAAUUCUUCAAGCUUUUUUCUUAUGAGGUUUGAGCAAGAAUAGCAUCACAAAAUAUGCCUCACAAGAAAUCUCUCAAAUUUAACUAACUGUCAAAUCUAUUGCUAUUGCCAUUGCCAAAUCUGUAUUUGUUAUCAUAACAUAAUCAUUUGCGCAAAGGCGUAGGGUAGGUAGCAUUGUAAAAACAUACAAGUAACAAAUAGUAAGGAGGUUGCAGUAUAGGCGCGUUAGCAACAUUUUUUGGGUGUUAGGUUCCCCUAGAGGCCUAUUUUCUCACAUAUAAAACAUACAAUAGUAAACAAAACUAUUUGUAAUAAUUUAAACAAAAAUAGAUAGAUUCUUCAAAUAUUUUAAAUAAAAUAGAAAAGAUUUACCAAUAUUUUGAUGCAAUAAAUAAAAUUUUAAUCAAAACUAGGUAAAUUUAAUCUUUAUGAAUUUUAAUAAUCGAAAUAUAUUUGAAAAUUUAACAAAUACGUACUUAAAAUAUUAAAUUGGAUAGCAUAACACGGCAACACACUCGUGCCUUUUCUAAGGCAUUUGGUCGUUUUAGUAGUAGAAUAUUUAGGAAACCCUAACGAACUGCCUGGACUUUUACCCUGAGUCUUCCCUCGUUCUAUUGCAUUCUUAAUGUAAUUUCUGUCAUUCUAAAAGCGCUCGCCUGUGUAUGUAUGGGUGAAAAUGAUAGGAUUUGUUACUUGUAGGUUUAUACAAUGAUAGGUAGGUUCGAGCUGAUGUAGCGCAUCCAUUGAGCUCUUGAAAAUUUUAUUUUAUCCCAUUGCGAAAUGCCGUCGGGUAGAUAGCUGAUGUAGCGCAUGUUUUGAGCUCUUGAACUGUUUAAAUCUUUUAUGAGGAAAAUAAAAAAAGGAUUACGAUCCUUUUUUUACAAAUGUAUUUCUGGGAAAAAUAAGAAUUCAUAUUUUUGGACUACUAUAUAAUAAUUGUGGCAUAGUUUUUAUAUGCCAAUUAAAAUAAUAAAUUUAAAAUGAGCAAUGAUAUUUUGAUUUGUGCUUGUAUAAGUUUAUAAAUAUAAGUCUUCGCUCAUUCCCAACCCAUUCUGCCUAAGUUUUCUGUAAAUUAACAAUAUUAAACUAAAUAUUAUUUUUUUUGUAAAAAUGUCAUUUUGAAAAUGUACUUUAUUUUUAUAAUAUAACACAACUGUGUUAAUACUCGCUCUACUAAAUUUAAUAUUACCGAAAUGAAAAUGCCGUGUAAAUGGGAUAUAAGUAAAUGGGAUAUGUCGCCUUUAUGAAAUUUUCAUAGAAAUGAAAACUGCGCUGUCAAACUGCUGAAGUGACAGCUUAUUGCUUUCAAUAUAUGGCAUACUUAUUAGUAUUCCAUAUUUUCCUUUGCAUAAGCAAUAUGGAGUCUCCACAGGCAAUAGUCACGGCAAUACAUUUGUAUGACAUAUAUUUUAUCCUGUCGAGAUGCCCUGUUAUAGUAAACAUAAGCCAUACGGGGCAUCUCGACAUGAUAGAAUAUAUAGAAUACUAGCUGCAUUGCCGUGCCCACUCUUCUUCUUCUUUACUGGCGUAGACACCGCUUACGCGAUUAUAGCCGAGUCAACAACAGCGCGCCAGUCGUUUCUUCUCUUCGCUACGUGGCGCCAAUUGGAUAUUCCAAGCGAGGCCAGGUCCUUCUCCACUUGGUCCUUCCAACGGAGUGGAGGUCUUCCUCUUCCUCUGCUUCCCGCGGCGGGUACUGCCUCGAAUACUUUCAGAGCUGGAGUGUUUUCGUCCAUCCGAACAACAUGACCUAGCCAGCGUAGCCGCUGUCUUUUAAUUCGCUGAACUAUGUCAAUGUCGUCGUAUAUCUCGUACAGCUCAUCGUUCCAUCGAAUGCGAUAUUCGCCGUGGCCAACGCGCAAAGGACCAUAAAUCUUUCGCAGAACUUUUCUCUCGAAAACUCGCAACGUCGACUCAUCUGUUGUUGACAUCGUCCAGGCCUCUGCACCAUAUAGCAGGACGGGAAUUAUGAGUGACUUAUAGAGUUUAGUUUUUGUUUGUCGAGAGAGGACUUUGCUUCUCAAUUGCCUACUUAGUCCGAAGUAGCACCUGUUGGCAAGAGUUAUCCUGCGUUGGAUUUCUAGGCUGACGUUGUUGGUGGUGUUUACGCUGGUUCCAAGAUAGACGAAAUUAUCUACAACUUCAAAGUUAUGACUGUCAACAGUGACGUGAGUGCCAAGUCGCGAGUGCGACGACUGUUUGUUUGAUGACAGGAGAUAUUUCGUCUUGCCCUCGUUCACUGCCAGACCCAUUUGCGUUGCUUCCUUGUCCAGACUGGAGAAAGCAGAACUAACGGCGCGGGUGUUGAGGCCGAUGAUAUCAAUAUCAUCGGCAUACGCCAGCAGUUGUACACUCUUAUAGAAGAUGGUACCUUCUCUGUUGAGUUCUGCAGCUCGAACUAUUUUCUCCAGAAGCAGGUUGAAAAAGUCGCACGAUAGGGAAUCACCUUGUCUGAAACCUCGUUUGGUAUCGAACGGCUCGGAGAGGUCCUUCCCGAUCCUGACGGAGCUUUUUGUGUUGCUCAACGUCAGUUUACACAGCCGUAUUAUUUUGCGGGGAUACCAAAUUCAGACAUCGCGGCAUAAAGGCAGCUCCUUUUCGUGCUGUCGAAAGCAGCUUUGAAAUCGACGAAGAGGUGGUGUGUGUCGAUUCUCCUUUCACGGGUCUUUUCCAAGAUUUGGCGCACUAAAGCCACACUGAUAAGGUCCAAUCAGUUUGUUGACGGUGGGCUUUAAUCUUUCACACAAUACACCCGACAGAACCUUAUAUGCGAUGUUGAGGAGGCUAAUCCCACGGUAGUUGGCGCAGAUUGUGGGGUCUCCUUUUUUAUGGAUUGGGCAUAGCACACUUAAAUUCCAAUCGUUGGGCAUACUUUCGUCCGACCAUAUUUUGCAAAGAAGCUGAUGCAUGCACCUUAUCAGCUUUUCGCCGCCGUGUUCGAAUAGCUCUUCCGACAAUCCAUCGGCCCCUGCCGCUUUGUUGUUUUUCAGGCGGGCAUUGCUAUUCGAACUUCUUCAUGGUCGGGCAAUGGAACGUCUGCUCCAUCGUCAGCUAUUGGGGUAUCGGGUUCGCCUGCUCCUGGUGUUGUGCGUUCACUGCCAUUCAGUAGGCUGGAGAAGUGUUCCCUCCAUAAUUUAAGUAUGCUCUGGGCAUCGGUGGCUAGGUCACCUUGUGGGGUUCUAGAAGAGUAUGCUCCGGUCUUGAAACCUUCUGUAAGUCGCCGCAUCUUUUCGUAGAAUUUUCGAGCAUUACCCCUGUCGGCCAUCUUAUCAAGCUCUUCGUACUCACGCAUUUCGGCCUCUUUCUUUUUCUGUCUACAAAUGCGUCUCGCUUCCCUCUUCAACUCUCGGUAUCUAUCCCAUCCCGCACGUGUUGUGGUCGAUCGUAACGUUACGAGGUAGGCAUCCUGUUUUCUCUCCGCUGCGACACGGCAUUCCUCGUCGUACUAGCUGUUCCUUUGCACUUUCCGAAAACCAAUGGUUUCGGUUGCAGCUGUACGUAAGGAGUUUGAAAUGCCAUCCUACAGUUCCCUUAUACCGAGUUGUUGACGAGUGCUCUCAGAGAGCAGGAGUGCAAGCCGAGUAGAAAAUCGUUCGGCUGUUUGUUGUGAUUGCAGCUUCUCGACGUCGAACCUUCCUUGUAUUUGUUGGCGUGUGUUUUUUGCUGCACAGAGGCGGGUGUGAAUUUUGGCUGUAACAAUAUAGUGGUCCGAGUCGAUGUUAGGACCUCGGAGCGCACGCACAUGAUCGAUCGGGUUGGUGGUUUUUCGAUCCGGAAACAGCCAGGUAGCUUGAUGUAUCUUCUUAUGCUGGAAUCUAGUACUACAGACCCAUUUGGGGAUAUUUCCCCGUGGAGGCUGAACUUACCGACCGUAGUGCCAAAGAUUUCUUCUUUGCCCACCCUGGCGUUGAAGUCGCCAAGCACGAUUUUAACAUCGUGGCGGGGGCAACUCUCAUAAGUGUGCUCCAAGCACUCAUAAAAGGCAUCUUUGGUCACAUCGUCCUUCUCUUCCGUCGGAGCGUGGGCACAAAUCCGCGAUAUGUUGAACAACCUCGCUUUGAUGCGGAUUGUGACUAGACGUUCAUUCUCUGGAGUGAAUGUUAGUACUCGGCGACAGAGUCUCUCUCCCACCACGAAUCCAACACCAAACUUGCCCUCCUUUAUAUGGCCACUGUAGUAAAUGUCACAAGGACCUACUCGUCUCUGUCCUUGUCCCGUCCAUCGCAUUUCUUGGACGGCGGUGAUAUCAGCCUUUAUUUUCACGAGGACAUCAACCAGCUGGGCAGCGGCACCUUCCCAAUUAAGGGACCGGACAUUCCAGGUACAUGCCCUCAAAUCAUAGUCCUUAAUUCGUUUGCCAUGGUCGUCAUCAAAAGGGGGGUCACUCAUCCGAGGCUUGUUGUUCCUUUUCAUUGGUAAUAUUUUUUACGUGGCGGGUCCCAAACCCAGCGCACAACCCUGCGGAGGGGAUAUUUCGCCUUCUCACUUUAGCUCGCCUUCAAACAGAUGUUCUUAGGCUACCCAGAGGAUACUUGGUCAAAGACCGGAAGUCGUGAGCUGCUUGAGUCAUAUGUAAAAGAAUGGUUUCUGGCCACUCCCAAGUGAAUGGCGAUCAGAGAACUUUCCUCACUUGCGUGAACUUCUACACAUGACUCCAUCCUCCAAAUCGAUAAUUAGGCAGCAUUUAAUAUCUACUCGUAACCUUUCAUUGACUAAUUGUUACAUUAUUUGCGACCAAGUUCUAUUGACGACUUUACGAGUUAUUGCUUCUUAAUCGAAUCAUUUCUUCUAAAGCUUCACUGUUACUUGGGGUUUUACCUGUCAACUUUGGACAGUCUAGUUCUUCAAUUCGAAUACCGUCCAAAGAUCUACAACGACUAAGUGCUACAUAAGCUUGUCCAGCAGCAAACAGUCGCGAGCCCAGAUAAAUUACUGCAUGUUCUUCUGUACAACCUUACAUCUUUUGAACGGUCGACGCCCAACUCUGUAUGCUAUUUAAAUGUCACCAAAACUAGUUUUAUAUAUGUAGAUGUUGCAUACUUUUAAGCGCAUCUUUUUGAGAGCUGCUUAAACUUACUAUCGCCUUCCUACAGUGUCGCUCAAGUAUUCUACGUUUCAGUACCACUUAAAAAAGUUACAAACAUACAUACAUACAAGUGAAGCUAAUAAAAUCGUAUUAAAAAUAUAGUUUUUGUCUACAGUCAUCCACUGCACACGCCACAUUCAAGUGCCACAGCAUAGCAACAUGAUAAACAAGCCACAAGCCGAAACCACAACAUUUCACAGCACUUAAUCUGAUACGCAAAUUCUAUAUAAAGCAAUACAAACCAACUACCAUGUUCUUAAUUUUGUAUUGAUUAUAUGUACAUCAUAAAGGUUGUGAAGAUUUUAUUAAUAUCAAAUAAAGAAACAGUCUCCCAUAGGACUUAAAAUUAUAUUUUUUUUAUUCAUAACCCAGGGAAUAACUCGUGAGUGUUGCUUUUCAGGAAUUUUCGGUUUAGCGACGGAAAUAUUGCAACGCAUAGUCAGAAAUUUUUAUUAAAGUGCAAGUAAAUAAACGCGUAGUUGAGUUAUACAAGUAAUACAUAUAUAGUUUUACAACAGUGUAAAUGAUUAAUGUUAAUUCAAUUCGUUUGUUUCUUGAAUAUUAUCAAAUUUAUAUAUUGAUUCUGCUUCAAGAACUUCUAGUGCAUGUAUUUUCUCGUACCCUUGCGCUUCUAUAAAAUCUUAAACUUCUUGGUUCUGAAUGUGGUAUAUUUCGGAAUCUAUUCUUACGGUAUCAUUAAGUUGAAUUAAAUUUAUUCCUUUGAUGGUUUCGUUAUUUAUGAGUACUUGGUGAUUACCAUCUAUACUUAUAUUAUUGGUUUACUGAAUAAUAUUACAUUGGGUUUCUUUGUUUGAUAAAACUGAAAGUGUACAAUUAUCUUCCUUUUGUUUUUUACACAUACAUAUAUUUACUUAGGAUGUUUUUACAACUUUUUUUAUUCUAAUAUAAUACUUUCAGGAAUAUUUAUUUCUUCAUCUUUAUAAUUCUUUCAAUUUCUUCGAUAUUUAUUGCUGCUGAAUAAAAUUCUUCGUUCUUUGCAAAAUUAAUUGUUCUUGUUAAGUCUAGUAAUUCUUUAUGAAUUUCCUGGAGUGGGAUUCUAAGUUUUAUCAUUUUAAUGUUGAUAUUCUUCUUUAAAUUCUCGAAAUUAGAAUUUAUUUUCCUUUGUGCAUUGUUGUUAUAAAUUAUAUCAUUCAAUGUGUCCUUUAUUUCAAUCAAAUCGUCGUGGUCUUUAACUCCUGUUAUACAUUUUAAUGCGGUCUCUAAAAUAUCUAUGGAUUUACGUUUACUAUUUGUUAGUAGUUGGUUCUUCAAAAUCGCUAUCCUAUUUAUUAGCGUUUCGUCUGUGACAACUAAUAUCCCUUGCACUUGCAGCAUUUCCUGUAUUUGAUGAUACGGGGCGAGGAUACCGGUCAGAUUUUUCAUGUGGAAAAAGUACUUUUCCUUCUCGUAUACGUAUGAUGGUCUGAUUCGGUUAAUACGAAUUUCUUGUCCUGUAGACUUGUUAUUUUCUGUGCCGUUGUGCUGGACAUCAGGAUUGUUAUUAGGAGGAACUCGAUGUGAUUCAUCUUUAGUUUUGUUCGUGCGAAGGUUGUCUUUAUGUAUAAUCCUCCCUUUGGUAGAGUCGUGUUCUCAUGGUUUUCCUUCACUGUUUGCUUGAUAUAUAGGCGUGUAAACUUCUCACGGCGAUUCUGUUUUUCUUACACUUCUUCCGGUAAAUACGCUUUAUUUUUUCUUCCUUUGUUAUAGUAAUUGAGCCUGAUGUUUUUCAAUGAGGUUUUUUACUUCACUUGUUUUACUCCUUUCAAAAAAUAUAUCGACUGGUCUGUGAUUUGUCAUUGAAUGUAUCAUGCGAUUGUAUUCUUUCACUGCUGUGAGUUCGAGGUAUGACAAUUAAGUAAUGAGACUGAUUCCAUAAAAACCGUAUGUUUGAAAAUUAUUCUACAACUCUGCCAUCCCCUUCAAAAUAGUCCCCCUGGGCAGCUAUACAGCGAUUCCAGCGUGUUUUCCAUGCUUCGUAACAUUUCUGGAACGCUUCGACUGGGAUGUCCGCGAAUACCCUCGUCACGGCCGCUUGGAUGUCCGUAAUCGACUCAAAAUGGGUUCCUUUGACCACCGAUUUUGUUUUAGGAAACAAAAAAAAGUCACAGGCUGACAUUUCGGUCGAAUAAGGCCGCUGUUGCAACACGGAGAUCUCUUUAUUGGCCAAAUACUGGGACACGCUGAGGGCAGUGAAGCACUGCCCGUUGUCGUGAUGAAGGAUCCAGCGAUGUCUGGACGCACCCUGUUGACUCGUUUUCGCAAUAUUUUGAGUACUUGGCAAUAGUAGACUUGAUUCACAGUUUUCCCCGGUGGAAAGAAUUCUUUGUGGACGAUUCCAUGGCUUCAACUGGUCUCCCACUCCGCGCCUCAUCUUCCACGCUUUCACGCCCCUCCUUAAACUCUUUGUGCCAUCGAAACACCUGGGCACGACUAAGAGCACUAUCACCAUACACUCCUACAAUUUUUACGUUUCCGAAGCUGUUCCGCCCAAUCUGGCUCAAAAUUUUAUCGCGACGCGUUGCUCUUGAUUUCGUUUUUCCAUUUUCGUGACGAGCACUACAAACACACGUCUACUCAACUUGACGCAGCAGGCGAACUAAACAAGCUAGGGCGAUGGUACAUACGUAUACAUCAAUGGAGAGGGAAAGGAUGCCGGAAAAAGAGAAAGGGAAUUUCAAUGUCACAGGUUUACCACAAGCGCGGCAAUAAAAGCAGUCUCAUUACUUAAUUGUCAAACCUCGUAGUUCUUCAUCAGCUGUUGUUCAUCGAGUGCAAUCGUUCAACUUGAGCUUUAGACGUUAUACGACUCGGUGUAGCUUCAUAUAGCUUGUCAUAUUAUGUGCGUGAAUAACGUCUCGUUAUCGGUCAUGAGUUGUGAGCAGAAUGGAUAUAUUUGUGUUAAUAUUUCCUCUAAUACAUUUUAGAAGUUUCUUUUACUUUCAAGUCGUCUCAUAUAAGUUAAUAUUUUUAAAAUUAAAAUAAAACUUUUAAAUUAAAGAAGUUUCUUUAAGUUAAGUUUCUCCCCCUUAAAUUCCUGCUUGUCUUCAAGUAGGCGUUAGAAGUAAGGAAUGUUAUUAAUAUUUAGUGUUUUCGGAGUUUUUUGUUUAGUUUUUCUGAUUUGGCUUAAAUUAUAUGUUUUAUUAUUUGGGAUCAUACUGCCGUUAAAUAAUUGUUAAGCCUUUAUAUAUUUCUUCUAUUGUUGUAAUAUGUCCACGUUUCUGAAGUCACAUAGCGAUUCCUUUCCACGAACUGGUUUUACAAUACAUUUUUAGUUUAACAUUUUUUUGGUACAUUAAACAUUUCGUUUUUUGAUACAAAAAUUUCAAUUGUUUCUAAAUGAAAUAUUCAUUUCUUUUUCCAAUAGGUUCUAUUAAAAAAGUGUGAUAGGUGGUUAGAUGUAUUUCCGGCAUUUUUUCGGUUCAUUUAAGUGUUUUUUUUUCAUCGAUUUCUAUUUCAUUUCAAAGAAUGAUAUUUGUUGUGUUAAGCUUUUCCCAUUAAAUAACAUAUUUUAUAUUUAUUAUUUCUUCUUGAAUUAAUCUAAGUUGAUUUUAUAGGCUUGUUGCUAUUUCAUUAGAGUUAGGAUUUUUUUUUAAUGUUUUUUUCAGACUGACAUGUCUCCCUUGGCAAUUUUCGGACUUAAGUAUUUUUUAUAUUGCUUUUGUGAGCCAUAUGGUCUGCUUCUAUAACGAUGGUUGUAUUUCUAUUUUCUUUAACUAUUUCUUUUUUAUAACGUGGGAAUAACUUGGAACCUAAUCUUGUAUUUUGUUUAAAAAAUAUUUCCUGCCCUGGCACAUAUGUAUGUCUUGAUUUUUUUACGUUCCUUGUUAAAGGGUCUUUAGGCUUUGUUGUUGUUUCUGUUUAAGUCUGUCGAUAUUCUUCUGUCUACUUUUCUCGUAUUGUUCGGGAUCGGUGGUAAUAUUUCUGCCAAAGAAUACUUCUAAUGGUCUUUUUUUUAUUACUGAGUGCACUGUAUAGUUAUACUCAUAGACGGCCCUAUCUAGUAAGUCCUCAAACGUACGAUGCUCUUGCUUAGUUUUUAGGCACCUCAUUAUCUCGGACAGGGUAAAAUAGAAUCUCUCGAUUUGACCAUUGACUGCGCGGAUAAGGCGGAGCUGUAAAGAUUUCAAUGCCUAACUGAUCUUUCAUCAUAAAGGUGAUACUUGCAAAGUUAAAAGAUUUUUCGUUAUCCAUUACAAUGAACUUUGGAACACCAUAGCAAAAGAGUAAGUCAUUUAGGGAUUUCUUAAUAUGUUCUAUUGCUUUUGAUUUUAUAAUCUCUGCUUAGACUAAUUUUGAAAAUUUAUCUAUUGCCGUGAGUAUUAAUUUUUUUUCAGUAGAGAAUAUGUCAAUAUGAAUUAUAUGUCCUGGGUAUUCUGGUAUUGGGAUUUCUUUCAACUGUGGGUAAGGUGAUUUUCUAUCAUAUUUUCCUUCUUUACAAACUUGACAUUGUUUCAAUAAAGUAGCUAUUUUCUGUCUCAUUUCAGGAAUGUAAUAUUUCUCUGAGAUUUGUGUCUUGUUUUCUUCAGCAUUUCUAUGGGCUCUAUUAUGAGUUUUUAUAAUGAUUUUGUCUUGUUCUGUUUCUGUUAUUAAAUCUUGGACCUUGGAUUGGGUGAAUUUUAUUCUAAUGGAUGAGAAAUGGUGUGGAUAUAGUUUCUGUAUUUUGCCCAUUAAAUCUUCUGUUGUGUAGAUUCCAUUUAUGACGGACAGAUUAAGAUAUUUUUUUAAUAUUUCAAUUAAUUCAGUGUCAGAAAAGUUUGGUUUGGAAGUUAUGUGUCUGUGAAAUGUUGGGAAGGGUAGUGUAAACUUGUAGUCGGGUGGAUUUUCUUUACGAAUAAAUAUCUGAAUUUUAAAUGCAUUAAUCGGGGUAUCAAUACUAGCAAUAAGAUUAUGGCCUGAACUCUGAGCACUAUGUUGAGUCGCUGUCAAUGAGUUGAUUUCGUUUUGUUUAGGCAUUCGAGAUAGCGCGUCAGCUACUAUGUUUUCUUUGCCGGGUUUGUAUAGUAAUUCUCUGUCAUAUUCUUCCAGUUAAGAUUUCCAUCUUCUAACCGCUAUACUUCCUUUCCAGUUGCAAUCAUCGUAAGGGGUUCGUGGUCUGCAUAAAUCUUUACUUUAGAUCCGUCAUAUAGGUAACCGUUAAAAGACUUUAAAGCCCAUAUUACGGCUAACAUUUCUUUACGCGCAGUUUCAUAAUCUUCUUGGGUCUUUGAUAAGGUUCUUAAUAUAAAUGCUAUUGGUCUAUCGGUUUGAGAAAGGACUGCUCCUAUUGCAUAAUCAGAAGCAUCAGUGGUUAGUGCAAAUUCUUUAGUAAAAUCAGGAUAAUGUAAGAUUACAUCGUCAGAAAUUAGGAUAUUUUUCAGCUGUUCAAACGCUUUUAAGACUUCUUCAUUAAGUUGUAUUAGUUUCUUUGAUGAGGCCCCUUUUGAUAUUCGUCCGUCCUCUCCUUUCAGCAAUGCUAUGAGCGGUUUGGCAAUUGUUGCAUACUCCUUAAUGAGUCUCCUAUAAUAUCCUGAUAAUCCCAAGAAAGAUCUUAAUUCCUCAAGUGUCUUGGGGCGUGGGUAAUUAGCUAUGGCUUUUACCUUGUUGGGAUUUGUCUCUAUGCCCUUGUUUGAUAUAACGAAUACAAGAAAUUCAACUUUAGUUUUAAAGAAUUCACACUUAUCUAAUUGACAUUUAAUUUUUGCUGAGUUUAAUGUUUGAAAUAUUAUACCAAGAUCUUUACAAUGCGUUUGUUCGUCCUUACUAAAAACAAUUAUGUCGUCUAUGUACAUAGAUGUAGCAAAUUUUACCUAUAAGUUCUCAGAGAAUAUCAUCAAGAAUGCGUUGAAAUAUAGAAGGAGUAUUUUUCAGUCCAAAUGGGAGUCUUGUAAAUUCAUACUUUCCGUUAUUUACCGAGAAUGCUGUUUUCUCAAUAUCACUUUCUUUUAAAAGAAUUUGAUGGAACCCACUCUUGAAGUCCAACACGGAAAAUAACUUGUUAUCGCCUAGUUGUGAAAGUACUCCAUUUAUGUCCGGUAUGGGGUAUUUGUCUGCUUUUGUGACACUGUUUAGUUUCCUGUAGUCGAUUACCAUUCUAUAUUUUUUUAUAUUUGAGGCAUCUAAUUUCUUUGGUACGAUCUACACAGGAGAAUUGUACGGUGACGGGGAUGGUCGUAUAAUAUUAGUUCUUUUAUUUGUUUAUUUACUUCGUCUUUUAAGGACAUUGGGUAUUGAUAAAAUUUUGAAUAAACAGGAGUGUUAGUCUUCUUCUUCUUAAUUGGCGUAGACACCGCUUACGCGAUUAUAGCCGAGUUAACAACCGCGCGCCAGUCGUUUCUUCUUUUCGCAACGUGGCGCCAAUUGGAUAUUCCAAGCGAGGCCAGGUCCUUCUCCACUUGGUCCUUCCAACGGAGUGGAGGUCUUCCUCUUCCUCUGCUUCCCCCGGCGGGUACUGCGUCGAAUACUUUCAGAGAUGGAGUGUUUUCAUCCAUCCGGACAACAUGACCUAGCCAGCGUAGCCGCUGUCUUUUAAUUCGCUGAACUAUGUCAAUGUCGUCGUAUAUCUCGUACAGCUCAUCGUUCCAUCGAAUGCGAUAUUCGCCGUGGCCAACGCGCAAAGGACCAUAAAUCUUUAGCAGAACUUUUCUCUCGAAAACUCGCAACGUCGACUCAUCCGCUGUUGACAUCGUCCAAGCCUCUGCACCAUAUAGCAGGACGGGAAUUAUGAAUGACUUAUAGAGUUUGGUUUUUGUCUGUCGAGAGAGGACUUUGCUUCUCAAUUGCCUACUCAGUCCGAAGUAGCACCUGUUGGCAAGAGUUAUCCUGCGUUGGAUUUCUAGGCUGACAUUGUUGGUGGUGUUUACGCUGGUUCCAAGAUAGACGAAAUUAUCUACAACUUCAAAGUUAUGACUGUCAACAGUGACGUGUGAGCCAAGUCGCGAGUGCGACGACUGUUUGUUUGAUGACAGGAGAUAUUUCGUCUCGCCCUCGAUCACCGCCAGACCCAUUUGCGUUGCUUCCUUGUUCAGUCUCGAGAAAGCAGAACUAACGGCGCGGGUGUUGUGGCCGAUGAUAUCAAUAUCAUCAGCACACGCCAGCAGUUGUACACUCUUAUAAAAGAGUGUACCUGCUCGAUUAAGUUCUGUAGCUCGAAUAAUUUUCUCCAGCAGCAGAUUGCAGGAGUCGCACGAUAGGAAGUCGCCUUGUCUGAAAUCUCCUUUGGUAUCGAACGGCUCGGAGAGGUCCUUUCCGAUCCUGACGGAACUUUUGGUGCUGCUCAACGUCAGUUUGCACAGCCGUAUUAGUUUUGCGGGGAUACCAAAUUCAGACAUCGCGGCAUAAAGGCAGCUCCUUUUCGUGCUGUCGAAAGCAGCUUUGAAAUCGACGAAGAGGUGGUGUGUGUCGAUUCUCCUUUCACGGGUCUUUUCCAAGAUUUGGCGCACUAAAGCCACACUGAUAAGGUCCAAUCAGUUUGUUGACGGUGGGCUUUAAUCUUUCACACAAUACACCCGACAGAACCUUAUAUGCGAUGUUGAGGAGGCUAAUCCCACGGUAGUUGGCGCAGAUUGUGGGGUCUCCUUUUUUAUGGAUUGGGCAUAGCACACUUAAAUUCCAAUCGUUGGGCAUACUUUCGUCCGACCAUAUUUUGCAAAGAAGCUGAUGCAUGCACCUUAUCAGCUUUUCGCCGCCGUGUUCGAAUAGCUCUUCCGACAAUCCAUCGGCCCCUGCCGCUUUGUUGUUUUUCAGGCGGGCAUUGCUAUUCGAACUUCUUCAUGGUCGGGCAAUGGAACGUCUGCUCCAUCGUCAGCUAUUGGGGUAUCGGGUUCGCCUGCUCCUGGUGUUGUGCGUUCACUGCCAUUCAGUAGGCUGGAGAAGUGUUCCCUCCAUAAUUUAAGUAUGCUCUGGGCAUCGGUGGCUAGGUCACCUUGUGGGGUUCUAGAAGAGUAUGCUCCGGUCUUGAAACCUUCUGUAAGUCGCCGCAUCUUUUCGUAGAAUUUUCGAGCAUUACCCCUGUCGGCCAUCUUAUCAAGCUCUUCGUACUCACGCAUUUCGGCCUCUUUCUUUUUCUGUCUACAAAUGCGUCUCGCUUCCCUCUUCAACUCUCGGUAUCUAUCCCAUCCCGCACGUGUUGUGGUCGAUCGUAACGUUACGAGGUAGGCAUCCUGUUUUCUCUCCGCUGCGACACGGCAUUCCUCGUCGUACUAGCUGUUCCUUUGCACUUUCCGAAAACCAAUGGUUUCGGUUGCAGCUGUACGUAAGGAGUUUGAAAUGCCAUCCUACAGUUCCCUUAUACCGAGUUGUUGACGAGUGCUCUCAGAGAGCAGGAGUGCAAGCCGAGUAGAAAAUCGUUCGGCUGUUUGUUGUGAUUGCAGCUUCUCGACGUCGAACCUUCCUUGUAUUUGUUGGCGUGUGUUUUUUGCUGCACAGAGGCGGGUGUGAAUUUUGGCUGUAACAAUAUAGUGGUCCGAGUCGAUGUUAGGACCUCGGAGCGCACGCACAUCUAAAACACUGGAGACGUGUCUUCCGUCUAUCACAACAUGAUCGAUCGGGUUGGUGGUUUUUCGAUCCGGAAACAGCCAGGUAGCUUGAUGUAUCUUCUUAUGCUGGAAUCUAGUACUACAGACCCAUUUGGGGAUAUUUCCCCGUGGAGGCUGAACUUACCGACCGUAGUGCCAAAGAUUUCUUCUUUGCCCACCCUGGCGUUGAAGUCGCCAAGCACGAUUUUAACAUCGUGGCGGGGGCAACUCUCAUAAGUGUGCUCCAAGCACUCAUAAAAGGCAUCUUUGGUCACAUCGUCCUUCUCUUCCGUCGGAGCGUGGGCACAAAUUCGCGAUAUGUUGAACAACCUCGCUUUGAUGCGGAUUGUGACUAGACGUUCAUUCUCUGGAGUGAAUGUUAGUACUCGGCGACAGAGUCUCUCUCCCACCACGAAUCCAACACCAAACUUGCCCUCCUUUAUAUGGCCACUGUAGUAAAUGUCACAAGGACCUACUCGUCUCUGUCCUUGUCCCGUCCAUCGCAUUUCUUGGACGGCGGUGAUAUCAGCCUUUAUUUUCACGAGGACAUCAACCAGCUGGGCAGCGGCACCUUCCCAAUUAAGGGACUGGACAUUCCAGGUACAUGCCCUCAACUCAUAGUCCUUAAUUCGUUUGCCAUGGUCGUCAUCAAAAGGGGGGUCACUCAUCCGAGGCUUGUUGUUCCUUUUCAUUGGUAAUAUUUUUUACGUGGCGGGUCCCAAACCCAGCGCACAACCCUGCGGAGGGGAUAUUUCGCCUUCUCACUUUAGCUCGCCUUCAAACAGAUGUUCUUAGGCUACCCAGAGGAUACUUGGUCAAAGACCGGAAGUCGUGAGCUGCUUGAGUCAUAUGUAAAAGAAUGGUUUCUGGCCACUCCCAAGUGAAUGGCGAUCAGAGAACUUUCCUCACUUGCGUGAACUUCUACACAUGACUCCAUCCUCCAAAUCGAUAAUUAGGCAGCAUUUAAUAUCUACUCGUAACCUUUCAUUGACUAAUUGUUACAUUAUUUGCGACCAAGUUCUAUUGACGACUUUACGAGUUAUUGCUUCUUAAUCGAAUCAUUUCUUCUAAAGCUUCACUGUUACUUGGGGUUUUACCUGUCAACUUUGGACAGUCUAGUUCUUCAAUUCGAAUACCGUCCAAAGAUCUACAACGAUUAAGUGCUACAUAAGCUUGUCCAGCAGCAAACAGUCGCGAGCCCAGAUAAAUUACUGCAUGUUCUUCUGUACAACCUUACAUCUUUUGAACGGUCGACGCCCAACUCUGUAUGCUAUUUAAAUGUCACCAAAACUAGUUUUAUAUAUGUAGAUGUUGCAUACUUUUAAGCGCAUCUUUUUGAGAGCUGCUUGAACUUACUAUCGCCUUCCUACAGUGUCGCUCAAGUAUUCUACGUUUCAGUACCACUUAAAAAAGUUACAAACAUACAUACAUACAAGUGAAGCUAAUAAAAUCGUAUUAAAAAUAUAGUUUUUGUCUACAGUCAUCCACUGCACACGCCACAUUCAAGUGCCACAGCAUAGCAACAUGAUAAACAAGCCACAAGCCGAAACCACAACAUUUCACAGCACUUAAUCUGAUACGCAAAUUCUAUAUAAAGCAAUACAAACCAACUACCAUGUUCUUAAUUUUGUAUUGAUUAUAUGUACAUCAUAAAGGUUGUGAAGAUUUUAUUAAUAUCAAAUAAAGAAACAGUCUCCCAUAGGACUUAAAAUUAUAUUUUUUUUAUUCAUAACCCAGGGAAUAACUCGUGAGUGUUGCUUUUCAGGAAUUUUCGGUUUAGCGACGGAAAUAUUGCAACGCAUAGUCAGAAAUUUUUAUUAAAGUGCAAGUAAAUAAACGCGUAGUUGAGUUAUACAAGUAAUACAUAUAUAGUUUUACAACAGUGUAAAUGAUUAAUGUUAAUUCAAUUCGUUUGUUUCUUGAAUAUUAUCAAAUUUAUAUAUUGAUUCUGCUUCAAGAACUUCUAGUGCAUGUAUUUUCUCGUACCCUUGCGCUUCUAUAAAAUCUUAAACUUCUUGGUUCUGAAUGUGGUAUAUUUCGGAAUCUAUUCUUACGGUAUCAUUAAGUUGAAUUAAAUUUAUUCCUUUGAUGGUUUCGUUAUUUACGAGUACUUGGUGAUUACCAUCUAUAAUUAUAUUAUUGGUUUACUGAAUAAUAUUACAUUGGGUUUCUUUGUUUGAUAAAACUGAAAGUGUACAAUUAUCUUCCUUUUG